AUGGAGCGCGUGCUCCAGAGGCUGGACGGCAUGGAAGAAGCCAUUCAUCGUACGAGGGCGGAAUCGUCGUCUCGUCCCGCGCGUCCACCUGCUCCCGUUGUUCCACUCGCUGCCCUCCUGCCGCAUGAUCCCGAGGGCUCCCUCGUGCGUCCUGGUCGACCGUUGCCUGCUGGGGCCGGCUUCGUGGGUGCGGGGGGUGGUGAUCCGUGGGCCCCGUUUGUUCCGCCGCGCCCUGCUCCACCUCCACGCGAUUAUGCAGUGUCGUCUCGUCGAGCUCGAGCUUCUUCGGGGCUGCCGGCGAUGAAGGAAGUGCCCACGGCGACCCUGGCGCACUUAUGGUUGCUUGCGGAGUGCCUGCAGGGUCUUGAGGUGGUCCUAGUGGAGUCCCAUGGCUCCAUGUCGGUGACCCCACCGAGCAUGUUCUCUCAGAUGCCGCGAGCAAGGUGUCACGCGGCGGCGUCAGCAAUAUUCUCGUAUGUAUCGCCACUGCAGGCUGCGCCCUUGCCGGGAGUAGUCUCGGCCACCCAGCUGGCUGAGAAGGCCCUGGAUCUGAAGACGCUUGUAGGAGAUCGUGGAACUCCUGUUGACGUUGUCGGCGCCACCGCGUCAGUGGUCCGCUUGAUGUGGCUGACCACGCGCGAAAUGCUAGCGGAGGUUCGGUUCCGAAGCUACUUGCCUCGGGACGACCAGCUGAUGGAGAGGAAGCUUCCUCCGGCGCAGCUCCCCAAGUUCCAGGAACCCACCCCCGCCCAGCCACUUCUCUUAGACCCGAAUGAGGAUCCAGUGACGGCCAUUGCUCCCCGCAAGCCCAACUGGGACCUGAGGAGGGACGUGGCGAAGCGGCUAGCCAAGCUGGAGAGGCGGACGCAGCGAGCAAUGAUUGAACUCAUGAGGGAAGAGGAGGAGAGGCGGCAGCAGCAAGAGUCGGGCAUAGAAGGGUCUUGA